AUUGAUAUUUUUAUUAUGUCAUGAAUCUCAUAAUCAAAGUUCAUAAGAAAUCACAAAUAUUCUACGUAAUAUUUUACGAUACAAAAUGCCAGAUAUUGUCGAAGUUUCUAGCAAUAAAAUUUUUAGCGGAUGGCAAAAAGUCUAUUUGCAUGAGAGCUAUGAAUUGGGAUGUAAAAUGAAUUUUGGAAUUUUCCUUCCACCCCAAGUGGAAGAAGGGCCUCAACCUGUUAUUUAUUGGUUAUCUGGUUUAACAUGUACAGAAGCUAAUUUUAUUCAAAAAGCAGGUGCACAAAAGUAUGCUUCUGAACAAGGUGUUAUCUUAGUUGCACCUGAUACAAGUCCUCGUAAUCUUAAUAUUCUUGGAGAAGAUGAUGAUUGGGAUUUUGGAACUGGUGCUGGAUUUUACAUUGAUGCAACAAAUGAACCAUGGAAAAAAAAUUAUAGAAUGUACAGUUAUAUUACUAAAGAAUUACCAGCUUUGAUUAAUGAAAAAUUUCCUGUUUUACCAUACAAACAAUCCAUAAUGGGUCAUAGUAUGGGUGGACAUGGAGCCUUAAUAUGUGCUUUAAAAAAUCCUGGUUUAUACAAAACUAUAUCUGCUUUUGCACCUAUAAGUAAUCCUAUUUUAUGUCCAUGGGGGAAAAAAGCUUUUACUGGUUAUUUGGGUGGAUCAGAAACUAAUAUUACAUGGAAAAAUUGGGAUGCUACAGAAUUGGUUAAAAAAUACAAUGGGCCUCCUUUGGAUAUUUUGAUUGAUCAGGGAAAAGAAGAUAAGUUUUUAAAAGAUGGCCAAUUAUUGCCAGAAAAUUUGUUAUCUGCUGCAAAAGAUGCUGGAUUAUCAUUAGUUCUUAGAUUUCAAGAAGGCUAUGAUCAUAGCUACUUUUUUAUAUCCACAUUCAUAGAAGAUCAUAUUAAACAUCAUGUAAAAUAUCUUAAAUGUUAAUAUGUACUUAUUUUUUAAAUGUUUUUGAUAUUAAAAAAUAAAUGAAUAAUAUGAAUAAUGUAA